GAGUUCGGGGAAUUCUGUUACUCAUAUGUAUUAUUUAUAUGUGCUGUGAAGGCUUCUAGAACAUUCGAUUGUAAAUUGUCGUUUGAUAAGAUACGAGAUAGCGAUACUUGGUAACAAUAGAUUCAAUUAGAACAUCGUAGCUGUUACCCAGUGGAGCUAACAAGUGAUUGUGUCACGCAAUAUAUUUUAGGAGUUUUGUCUGAUAUUGAAUUAAGACAAAAUGACAAAGAAAGGAAAGAAGAAGAAGCAGAAAACAGCUGCAUCAACCUCAAAAGAGACUUUGCAAAAACAAACUUCGCAAGAACAGACUUCGCAAGAACAGACUUCGCAAGAACAGACUUCGCAAGAACAGUCCUCGCAACAACAAAAGGAACAAUCCUCAAAAGCAUUACCUAGUUUGACGCAACAAAAGACAACCAUAGGAAAGGAGCAGGAAGCAGCUGCAUCAACUUCGAAACAGACUUCUGACGGUUCUUCAAAACAACAAAAGAAACAGAUAUCACAAGGUCAGCAACAACAAGAAUCGUUGGGCUCACGUCAAGUAUCACAGGACCAGCCACAACAACAACAACUGCAACAACAACAACAAGGAGCAUGGGGCCGCCCACGACAACAAAUACCACAAAGCCAACAACCACAAGGAACAUCUAGCCAGCUACAACAACGACCACAAGGAGCAUGGAGCCAGCCACAACAACGACCACAAGGAGCACGGAGCCAGCCACAACAACAACAAUCACAAGGAGCAUGGGGCCAACAACAACCACAAGGAGCACGGAGCCAGCCACAACAACAACAAUCACAAAGAACAUGGAGCCAGCCACAACAACAAGAAGCAUGGGGCCAGGCACAACAACCACAAGGAGCAUGGAGCCGACCACAACAACUACAAAGAGCAUGGAGCCAACCACAACAACAACCACAAGGAGCAUGGGGCCAGGCACAACAACAUCCACAAGGAACACUGAAUCAGCCACAACAACCACAAGGAGCAUGGGGCCAACAACAACCACAAAGAGCAUGGAGCCAGUCACAACAACAACAACCACAAGAAACACAGAGUCAGCUACAACAACAACAAUCACAAGGAACACAGAGUCAGCUACAACAACAACAAUCACAAACAGCUUGGGAACAACAGCAACACAGAGCAACUUUACCUCAACAACAGCAAAAAGCUUCAAUUGAUACUGGUGCUGCUGGUGAUGGUCGACAGGCAAUUGGUGAUGUGCACCGACAGCAGCCAUCAAGUACUACAUCUCUUCAGAUGACUAAGCUUUCUUUAACAGAUGAUCCAUUCCACAAAGAAAAGACUACAAAGGCAAAAAUGUCAUCUGAACAAUUGAAAGUAUAUCAUGACAUGAUACCAAAGAGAAAAAAUCCUCUAUGUGGUGGGAAAAUAGGAAAAAACAUUUUUGUGUUUACAAAUAUGUUCCAAAUUAUAUUCAGCGAUAAGUUUGUAACCAAUGCAAUUCAUUAUGAUAUUGUUAUUCGUCCUUUCAAUGAAAAGCCCAGCAAAACAGAAACCGAGAAGGAAACCAAACUUCCUAAGAAGUUAUGUAGAGAUAUUUUUGAACAAUGUAGAAAUAAACAUUUUAGCGAGAGAUUUCCAGCUUAUGAUGGGAACAAAAAUGCAUAUAGCGCAAAUGAACUUCCUUUCUCGGAUUAUAUGCAGGAUGUUUUCUGGCACCUAAAUGACAAGGAACAAAAGAAACAAUAUGAAAUUACCCUGAACAAAGUGGCUUAUAUUGAUCUUAGUUGGAUAAAAAAUUUUAAACCUGGUCUUGCAGAAAAUAGAGUUCAAACUGCUUUACAAGUCUUGGAUAUAAUCAUACGUCAUGGACCAGAAUCGAGGUUUAUUAAUGUUGGAAGAUCACUCUACUGGGAUAUAGAUAUGAAAAAAGAGUCACUAGGUGAUGGCUUAUCUCUAUCAACCGGUGGAUUUCUCUCUGGUAUACUUGGGUGGAAACCAUAUCUAAAUGUAGAUGUUGCUCAUAAAGGAUUUACCACAAAUUUAAGAGUACUUCAAUAUAUAGCUAAAGUUACGAAAAUCAAUGAACAAAGCCUUUCUUAUAAUACGGUAAUGCAGCAUAGAAACAAGAUACUAAGUUUUUUGAAGGGCUUAAAAGUGACUUACGCAAUACCUAACUCACCAAUUUCGAAACGUACGUUUCGUGUACUCGAUUUGUGGUGCGAUAGUUGUGACUCACAUACGUUUACAUCAUCCGAUGUAAUUUACACAAUAACAAAAUAUUUUCGGGACAUAAAGAGAUAUAACAUAAAGAGGACUGAUUUGCCUACUCUUCAUGUUGGCAAGACUUCCGACGGAGGCAAAAUCUUGGUGCCUCUUGAAUUAUGCACCAUUGUGGGUGGUCAAGCCUUUAAUAAAAAACUAGAUGAAACACAAACCAGAAAUAUGAUUAAAGAAACAGCAACGGCUGCGCCUACCCGUAAACAGAACAUAGAAAUAACGUUCAAAAAACUGGAAAUAAACGAUAGUUCUGUCAUGGAAAAAGAAUUCAAUCUAUCUGUGAGUACAAAAAUGCAAAUGGUUGAUGCCAGAGUUUUGCCUCCUCCUGGAUUGAAAUAUGCUAACUCAACAAUCACAGUAGAAAGAGGAGUAUGGCGUUUGCAACGGUUUAAUCAAGCCAAAAGUUUGGGGCCUAACUCAUGGAGUAUUCUUACUUUAAUUAAUGAGACAAUAAAAGAACCUCCCGAUUCUGAUUUACAAACAUUUAUAGACAUAUUAAAAAGCAAUGCAAGAAUCGUUGGUAUGACAAUUGGUAAGCCUAUAACUCAAAAUGGUAAAAAAAUCAAUACAAACGAUUUAAGGAGUAUCACAAAUUAUUUCAAUGAAUAUAAACAUUUACAAUUGAUAAUAGUUGUCAUACCAGAUAAUACAGACGUAAUAUAUGGAAACGUAAAAAAAAUUACCGAAAUGGACAUAGGUGUUUUGACACAGUGUAUAAAAUAUAAAACUGUGAAAAGUUGCAUCAAUCCAAAAACCAGUGUUACUACAACAAAAAAUCUUCUACAAAAAAUAAACUCAAAACUCAAUGGCGUCAAUCAUAUAUUGGAUAAAAUGCCAUCAUGUUUAAGCAACUAUUCUUGUAUGCUUGUUGGUGCCGAUGUAACUCAUCCGGCCCCCGAUUCUAAAAGUGUAGCGCCAUCUAUAGCGGCGGUUGCUGCAAGUAGAAAUAAUUCAGCUUUCCAAUAUAAUGUUACACUCAGACUUCAACCACCUACAGAAGAAAUGAUUUUAGAUCUUGAAGCAAUAAUAUUAUCACAACUUAAUAUCUAUUAUCAGGAAACAAAGUCUCCACCGCGGAGACUCAUCUAUUACCGAGACGGAGUUAGUGAGGGACAACUUCCUCAAAUUAUGUUUUAUGAAAUAAACGCCAUUAAAAAUGCAAUUAAAAAAUUUAAUAAAGGUAAUAUUGAAAUUACCUGCAUGGUUGUUCAGAAGAGACAUCAUGUGCGUCUCUUUCCCGCAAAUGAACAAGAAACAGAUGACAAAAACUGUAAUGUGAGAGCGGGUACAAUUGUCGAUACAACUAUUACGCAUCCGGAUCAUAUCGAUUUUUAUCUUGUGUCACAUGCGAGUAUUCAGGGUACAGCGAGACCUACAAGAUACAGAUGCAUAUGCAACGAUUCUAAAUUUAAUGAAGAUCAGCUUGAGGAAAUGACUUAUUUUCUUUGCCAUAUGUAUGCCCGCUGUACAAGAUCGGUAAGCUAUCCGGCACCAACAUAUUAUGCUCAUUUAGCAGCUUUUCGCGGAAGAGCCUUGUUACAAGGGAACCCAAACUUUAAUUUGGCUGAUUUAGAAAGAGAACAGAGAAAUUUUAAAAUAAAGAUGGAGGCAUCGCCGAUGUAUUUCGUUUAAGGAUAUAUUAUUUAUGACUUUUAAAGGAUUUCUAUAUGAGGACUCCUUUAUGAUCCCUUUUAGAUAUGUCAGUUGAGAUAUGACAGUUAAUUUUAUUUCCUUUGUAAUAAUUGCAAUAAUUGUAUUGAAUAGAUUCUCUUAUUGCAGAGUUCGGCACGCUAUUUUUCAGUCGAUUUUCAGCCUGAUGCGCAGGUUAGUGAGAUAAGGGUCGGGAAAUUAAGUUGAAAAUCGGCUGAAAAGUAUCGUGUGCCGAGCCCUAUCUUAAUAUACAAAUUAAGCAUAGUUUCUACGAUUCUAAUUAGUGAUAUGUAAUUGAUAAUGUAAUUGAUAAUUGUUUGCAUUUAUACAUCAUGUUUCCUCAGUUACACGUUGAGGAAAAAUAUAAUAUAACAAAAAGAAAAAAAAAA